UGUCCACGGGAACAUUGGCCUCGGAGCACAACACUCCAGAGCUUGUUUGGUUCAGCAGACGGGACGUAGCGUUGGAACUUUUGGAAAUUUGGAGAAGGUGUACCCUGAUGAAAUGAAGACCAGCGAUGAACUUCUCCACAUUGACGUCCAUGUGGAUCAAAGUGAAGACCGCACCUCCGUCCUGGACCUCUUCAAGACGCUGAGACCUCACUGGAGGCCACAAGACAUCCGAAUGAAGACGUUCACCGAGGGCAUCACCAACCAACUGCUGGGCUGCUCGGUGGACGAGUCCGACUGCGUGCUGGUACGAGUGUACGGUCAACGGACCGAGCUCUUUGUGGAUCGCCAGCGGGAGAUGGAAAUGUUCCGCCUCCUGCACGCUCACGGCUGCGGCCCGCGGAUCUACUGCAGCUUCCGCAACGGCAUCUGCUACCAGUUUGUUCCUGGGGACGUGCUGGAGGACAAGCUGCUCUUCCAGCCCUCCAUAUACAGAUUGAUUGCGACGGAGAUGGCGAGAAUCCACUCCAUCCGUCCAACGGGCGCUCAACCCCCCGAGCGUCUACUGUGGACAAAGCUGUCUCGUCUUCUCACGCUCUUAGAGGACAGCAGCAAGAGUUCCACAUUCAGCCCUCAGUUUCCCGGCUUGGCGAGGUUGUCGGCGGAGGCGGAGUCACUGGAGCGACACCUCUCGUCAUUGGGCUCGCCCACCGUGUUGUGCCACAAUGAUCUCCUGACCAAAAACAUCAUCCAUGACCGCCAGCAGGGGAGGGUAAGAUUCAUCGACUACGAGUACGCCGAGUACAACUACCAAGCCUUCGAUAUUGGCAAUCACUUCAAUGAAUUUGCUGGCGUUCAGGAUGUGGACUACAGCCGCUACCCAAGUCGCAGCCUGCAAAGCGACUGGCUUGAGGCCUACCUGUUGAGUUACAAACAAUGCACAGGGCAAGACGUCAGCGUCACCCGAGACGAGGUGACGCGUCUCUACGUACAAGUCUGCAAGUUCUCCUUGGUAUCCAACUUCUUCUGGGGUUUGUGGGCAAUUCUCCAGUCUCACUACUCCUCCAUUGAUUUUGACUUCCACAGGUAUGCCAUGGCGCGACUCAACCGCUACUUUGAGAAGAAAGAAGAAUAUUUUUUAAUGGAAUAAAUCGACCGGGGAACGUACAAUCAAACAUAACUGUAGUAUGAACACUCUUCGGAAAUAAAUAUAUUAAUAAUCCAGUAAAAAAAAAAGUAUUCUUGAUAUCCCACUAUUAGUGUGGACUCUUUUUUCCCCCUUCCCUUCUCUAAGCCGCAAUAUUACAACUCGCGUUAUUGAUAAUGAAUAAAUGGAAAGAUUUUGUCCAACAACAACGUUGGUUCCAAAUGAAACGUACAGCUAAUCGUCAUUUAACGACAUUCAUUAACGAGUGUCGCCCUGGCGACGUCUGCUGGGUUCGUUUAAUCGUUCCAUCAAUGCUUACGAUACCCCCCCGCCCCCCAAAAAAAGAACCGCAACGCUUCUCCGAUUUAACAGUCGGCUAAAUGCAUGAAAUGCUUUCUUUCCAUGAGCACAUUGUUUCCAACGCCGCCAUGCCCGCGCUGGCCUAAACAUCAUCACAAAGCUCUUAAUCACACUUUACUUCACUCUCCGACACCACACACACACACACACA